UCAGCUUUACAAUAUUAUUAUUUAGUUAUACCUAUUGUGACCAGUAGACUCACCUUGGUUUCCUUAUUUUGGUGUUGAGUGGGCGUUUCUUUACUAUGUGGUGUAAACAUUAGAACGUGUAGCUCUUCAACAUGAUUGAGGUCUAAAUCUCUGUAGUACGUGCACAAUAGACAGAUUCGGUAGAUUACAGGUAGUUGGACAAGGAGCACAUCAAUUUUUUUUUUAAUUUCUGAAAGAUAAUUUCUUGCACUGAAUUAUUUUAUAAAGUUUGAUUUCAGUUUAUGUUAAUAGAUAAAUUGAUAAUGAAAUAUACCAACCAUUCUCACUGCUAUAUAUGCCCCCCCCCCCCCCCCCCCCCCCUUCCACACAAACACACACACACCCAUACAUGUGCAAUGAGAUGAUCAUAUGUAAAAGUAGAACACCAUAUUGUCAACUCAAGAAAGCAGAUUUGGAGUCCCAAAACUUGUUUGAUUAUAAAUAUUUAUUGCAGUACAUCUAUACAUGCAUGCUUAUUACUUGUACAUGUAUGAAACUUGUGAAAAUGUGAAAAAUAAUUUUUAAAAGAAAAAAAAAAACAUACAGUAUUUUAAUUUGAAAAGUGAAAAUGGUAACUCUCUCUCUCUCUCUCUCUCUCUCUCUCUCUCUCUCUCUCUCUCUCUAAGUUGUGAAGUUUCUGGCUGUGAUCAUUGCUGAAAUGUGAGGUGAUGUACGGUGGCACUACCCCUUCAGUAUCAAAUUGUGACCAUUUUCUGCAUGGACUCACUCUGCAUUUUUUUUCUAGUGUGAUAAUUUAAAACUUGAUUUGAUUUGUUAAAGUAUAUUUUACAUUUUCCUCCAUGUGGAUUUUCAGAGCAUAUAUUCAUUUUACAGUAUUUGACAAAGUGUUGUCUGAAUUUUAUUGUUCAUUUUAAAACUUUUUUUUAAUAAAAGACUAAUGAAAUGAUUCUAUUUGAUAAUGUCACGGCUGUCUUUUACAGAAUUUAAUAAGCUCAUACAAAUGUACUAAAGUAAUAAGUUCAAAUUAGAUUUUAUAAAAGACAAUUUAUUGUGAUAUUUAUGUAUUGCUUACAGUGAAAGCAAGAGAAAAAUACUGUCAUUCAUUAAAGGUGAAUUUUGAUAUGAUUAGUGUUUAUAUCCAAAAUUAUACACACUUUUGGUAGAUGUCACUGUGAUGUCAUUAAGUUCAGAGACCAUUCAAGACCAACCAAGUCAGAUAAAGACACAUCGACGUAAGGGAAGCACGGGGAGGAUCGAGCUUCCGACCCUGAAUCCACUGCCGACCUCACUGGCCUACGAUAUGAGAAAAGUGCAGCAAAUGGUGGAAAUGAGAACAGAUGUGGGACAUGCUCGGGCCUGGGUCAGGCUUGCUCUUGAAAAGAAGAUGCUAGCAUCCCAUCUCAAAGAGCUUCUGUCUGAUGCAGAGUUACUCAGGAACUUGUACAAGAGAUAUGCCUUCCUGCGAUGCGAGGAUGAGAGAGAACAGUUCUUGUUUCAUCUACUCUCCCUGAACGCUGUGGACUAUUUCUCAUAUACCAACUCUUUCCUAAACACAGUUGUACCAUACAAAGUGCUAAUUUUUCCUAGUCCUAAGUUUGGUUGUUCGACCACUAGUGCUAAUCCAUGGAUCAGCUUUGCUGGUCAGCACGGGGAGACCGGGGUGAUUGAUAUCCCCAAAGGAUGCCUGGAAUUUAAUGUAGAGCACAAGAAUCUUGGGAUACUGACAACACUUCGUAUCGGCCAUGACAACACCGGUCUCACCCCCCGCUGGCUUGUGGAGUACGUUCUCGUCAGGAAUGAGUUAACAGGACAUCUCUACAAAUUCCCUUGUGGGAGAUGGCUAGGUAAAAUGGUGGAUGAUGGCAGCACAGAGAGAUUGCUAGUAGCACAGCUACUUCCACAGCACUCAGAUACUUACGAUUUAGACUUAGCAGUUGCUUCGUCACCCCCAAAUAAAGCGAUGUCCCCUAAUUCACCUAAAAAGUCACCUGAUCCAGGAUCUCUAAGUAUUCCAGAAAUUCAGGAGAGGCUGGGGCAUGCUGUAAACAAUCUAGUCAAACAUUUCUAUAAACCAGAGAAAGAGAGAGGGAACCUGACCUACCUUCUGUGUGGAGAUCAGGGGCUUGUCCACUGUCUGGAGCUGGUGUUUCAUUAUGGCUUCAGAUCCUCUCGUCUCUUUAGGAAUAAGUUCUUCAUCUGGGACUAUCUCGAGAAGGUGAAGCAGCAUUUUGAGGGUGUUCUGACGGGUGAAGUCCGACAGCCUAUCUCUGAUGGAGCUACGGCUGGUUACUGGAUCUACUGUAACUUCCUCAAUAAAAUCAACAGUGCUACGGAAUCUGUAGGAAAGGACGGGAAGUUCCAGAUAUUUGUCUGUGUCGGUAUAAGGGAUCAUUUGAUUCAGAAGUUACUUCCCUUGGUUGCCAACACGCCAGUGACUGCACAGAUGUACGAAGAAAAUUCAUUUUUGCGGAAUUACAGUCAUAUUAACUACUUAGUCCACAUCCUCGGUACCCUCGAGGAAUUCCAGGUCACACUAGAGUCCUCCCUUCUCCGCGGUUUAGACAUUUGAGGAAGGGAAAUUGCCACAUUUUUGUUCACCCACCGAUAGUGUUAUUUCAAGAAGUUUUUUUUUCUGUCAGGUUUGACUACAGCACUGAAAUAGCACCUGUUGUUAUAAUAUGUUACAUACAAUGUAUUUGUUGUUAUGGCUCAAACAGAAAUAAGCAUGACAGAUUUUACCAUAUUCAAUAGGGCAUGACUGGUUUUUUGGAGUUUUUUAAAUUUUUUAUUUAUUUAUUUAUUUUUUUUUUUUUUUGUAAAAUACCAGAUAACGAAAACAUGCAAUGCUACUGUCUCAUUUUUUUUUUUUAUAUAUACAUUUCUUACUUAGUGCAGCAUUACUGAAAGAUUUGGUCUAUAAUUUAAUAUUGUACACCACACAAGGCAUACACAUAUAAGUUCAUAAAUAGCAGUAGUAAUUGUACAUUUAAGUUUAUAAAUAACAGUAGUAAUUGUACAUAUAAGUUUAUAAAUAACAGUGGAAAUGUAUGGUAAGUCUUCAAUUUUUUUUCAGUGACUUUAAAGAUUUUAUGAAUUGUGUGUUUUACAAAUGCGUGUGAUAAAAGUAAAAGGUGCAAGAACAGAAGUAGAGCUACGUUUUCAAGUACACGAUUACGUGUAAAUUCUGACUCUCCAAUUAAACAGAAUAAAUUGUUUGACAGAUCUCAUUUCCAAUACAUUAAGAGUCAUAUACUUUAUAUAUAUAUAUAUAGCCACUAAUGUUACAUGUAUUUAGGAUACAUGUACAGUUGUAUGUAGAAAGUGUCUCUGCAUAUUUUUUGAAAACUAGUCUCCAUUGAAUUUGUGUUAUUAUGAUAAUCAGAUUUGUUUGUUUUUCAUUGUUCUUAUUAAGGUGUGCAAUAUCUUGUCAGAAUUGUCUUGUAAUGUUGUACACUUAUAAGUUCACACAUUGCAGACUUCAGACUUCAAUGUUUCUCCUGUAAGGUUUUAAGUUUCCUACAGACACUGGCAGAAUUCAUUAUAUAUAUAUGCAAUAGGGUAUGUCUAACAUAAGUUCUUAUUUGGAUGAGUUUUAUUUUCUAAGGCUGCAAUAUGAUUAUUUUUUUUUCUAUCAAUACAACAAUAUUAGAUUGAUUAACAAAUACUCAGAUUAUUUCGAUAUAUUGAUGAUCCUGUUGACAUGUACUGUAUAAAUCUUUUUUGGCCGUGCUUGUUACAUGUACUUUUAUUACCCUGACAAUAUUCCACCAACA